AUGGACGGCUACCAGUACCACCAGCGGAGGCCACUAGAGGCUGAGGACAUGGCCGAGGCCGUGGUAGGGGCAGAGUCAGGAGGAGCACGCGGAGCAUCUGAGAGUGGUGCUGCAGAGAUUGAAAGAGGAGAAGCUUUAUCUGCAGAUUGUGCUGCUUCUGGUAUUUCUGCACCUGCGGAUAGGGGACCGCAGGCGUGGCACCGCAUAUGCAAAAUAGGGGCCGCAGAAGCGGCCAGAGCUCUUGCAGUAAUUCCAGAAAAGAAAGGAAUAUUCUUGAACGUCAUGGACAAUCUUAGAAAUAAAAGAUGGAUGUAUUGUGAUAGAGUUAGUACAGAAUAUUUGGAUGGAGUAGAGGAUUUUUUGAAUGAUGCCUUUUCUGGAAAACAACCUGGAGAAAAAAUUGCAUGUCCUUGUAUGGAGUGUGUGCUUAUCCAUCAAGUAAAUCGGGCUACAACAUAUGAUCAUCUUGUGGUUAAUGGUAUUAUACCGUCAUAUGAUACUUGGUUUUGUCAUGGGGAUUCUCUAACGGGAUCAAACAAUGCUGGAGAAAAUAACCACAACCAGUCAGCUCUAAGGGGCGACGAUAUGCGAGGAAUGAUACAUGAUGCAUUUGGAGGUGUUACACAGUUUAUGGAUACUGACAUUAGUGAAAGUGGUGGCAUGGAGCAAAACGUACAAGAGAAUACUGCUCAUCCAUCUGGAAAUCAAUCUCAUCCAGAGGUGGAUAAAUUUGAACGACUCAUGAAGGAGGCAAAUGAAGAAUUAUAUCCUGAAUGUAAGAGGUUUAGCAAACUGUCCUUUUUGCUGCAUAUGUAUCGUAUAAAAUGCGUGUUCAAAUGGUCAAAUGAAUCUUUUAAUUCUUUGCUUGGACUAUUGAAAGAUGCGUUUCCUGAAGGAGAAAAAUUGCCUCCUUCUUUCUAUGAGACCAAAAAGAUAGUUGAAGGCUUGGGCUUAAAGUAUGAAAAAAUUCAUGCUUGUCGUAACGAUUGCAUGCUUUUUAGGAAAGAAUUUGCUAAUAAGAAUGUUAAUAAAUGCAAAGUUUGUGGGGCUUCUAGAUGGAAAAAUGAUGCUAGAAAAAUUCCAGCCAAGGUCCUAAGGUAUUUUCCUUUAAAACCAAGGCUACAGAGAUUGUUUAUGUCUUCAGAAACUUCUAAAGCAAUGCGAUGGCAUCAUGAAGAGCGCAACAAAGAUGGAGUUCUACGACAUCCUGCAGAUUCUGAAGCUUGGAAAAAUUUUGAUAGUAAAUAUCCCGAAUUUGUUGGAGAUCCUCGCAAUGUGCGUCUAGGAUUAGCUUCUGAUGGGUUUUAUCCAUUUGGCAAAAUGCGAACUGUACACAGUACAUGGCUGGUAAUUUUAAUGCCAUAUAAUCUUCCACCAUGGAUGUGCAUGAAACAAGAGUUCUUCAUUUUGUCCUUACUUAUUCCUGGAUCAAAAGCUCCUGGCAAUAAUAUUGAUAUCUUUUUGCAACCUUUAAUAGAAGAGCUAAAUGAAUUAUGGGAUGAUGGGAUAGAAACAUAUGAUGCCUCUGCUAAGGAGAUAUUUCAAAUGCGAGCAGCUCUCAUGUGGACUAUAAAUGAUUUUCCAGCAUAUGGUACUCUCUCUGGAUGGUGCACUUAUGGUCGGUUUGCAUGCCCUUCUUGUAACAUAAACACUAUCUAG